AUGGACGUUGGCAAUCAGACAACGGACGAGUCGCUCUUCGCGAAUAUAUCCAGCUAUGAAAGCACGACCCCCGAAGCCCCGUACACCAUCCCAUGCUGGGCUCCCGACGACUACUUGAUCACAGAACGGUUCUGGCUGUGUGUUGUCGCCGGAGUCACCGUGUCCAUCAUCUCAAUCGUCUUCAACACAUUCAUCUUUUUCGUUUUCGUCACGAAUAAGCAGCAUCGACGCUCCCCAAACCUAUAUCUCCUCCUACUCUCCCUCUUCGACGUAUUUAUUGCAUUCGCCUAUAUCGCAGUGAUGUCUGUCCGAAUUCUGGUCAACUUCACCUCCAGUGUAUUCCUCAAGUCUAUCUGGGUCCGUUAUAUGAUUCCAAUGCUAACAGUCUCUCAUAUUGGAAUCACUUCGUCUACUUUCCUCAUCUGUUUCGCAUCGAUUGAGCGUUACUGUAUCACUGUGAACAACUUCUUGGUUCCAUAUCUCCAGAAGCAUCGACCGAUUCUUGCAUUCAUCGCGAUUAUGUGUGGUGUUGUGAGCAAGGGGACAAUAGUCAAGGAGGUGGAUAUCCAAUUAAACCCAGAAUGCUACGGCGAGCUCAACUACUGGAAGGUAGUCCCGUCAAGUCUCCUCUACGAAUUCCCGCUUUUCAAUCAAUACUGGCGUUUCUACUUCCGUAACAUCUUCACUAUCCUCGCACCUUUCUUCAUUCUACUCCUUGUCAACUGUCUUCUCCUAUUCCAACUCCGUGAGCACAACCGGAAGAGCAAGUUCGCCGACCAUGAUAAGCAGAAUGUGAAGGAGAAAAAAGCUCGGAUUCGUGCCACCACGAAAUCCGUCGUCAUCAUCGUUUGCACCUACCUGAUGUCUAAUCUGUUAUCUGUUAUUAUCACGAUUUGGGAGUAUAUCGAUAGCGCCUCGAUUUUCAGCGAAGAAUGGCUGGCAUUUUAUGUGCUCUCCGUUGAUGUCAUCUCACUUUUGACAAUUGUGGCUUCCUCGGCUCGUCUUCCGAUUUACGCGUAUUUCCAACCGUUGUUGAGAAAAGAGAUGGGACAGUGUUUGGGCGACUGGUGCUGCUGUAUCCCAGAAUCCGACAAAAAACUCUCGCUCCUCGACGAACUCCAGAUUCCCAAGACCCAGCUGAUUUCCACGCCCGAUGGUGAAUCGCCAAGCAUCAGCUCGAAAAUUGAAUUUGUUUGA